AUGACGGUGACAUACACGUCCCGCGUGGCCACCGCGCGUUUCGGGGGGUUCUCGCAGCUGCUGCUGCUCUGGCGAGGGAGCAUCUACAAACUCCUGUACCGGGAGCUGCUCCUCUUCCUCGGAGCCUACCUGGGACUCAGCCUUGCCUACAGGUUCCUGCUCUCGGAGUCCCAGCGGAGGCUCUUCGAGAAGCUCGUCCUCUACUGCGACAAAUCGGCCGAUCUGAUCCCUGUGUCCUUUGUGCUCGGGUUCUACGUGGCGCUGGUGCUGGAGCGUUGGUGGGGGCAGUUCCGGGCGGUGCCGGCCCCCGAUGGGCUCAUGGUGGCCGUGGCCGGGUCCGUCCACGGGGCCGACGCGCGGGGCCGGAUCCUGCGCCGGACGCUGCUGCGCUACGGGGGCCUGGCGGCCCUGCUGGUGCUCAGGGCCGUCAGCACCCCCGUCUACAAGAGAUUCCCCACCACCGACCACCUGGUGCAGGCCGGGUUCCUGACGCGGGAGGAGCGGCGGCGGCUCGAGGGGCUGCGCUCUCCCUACAACAAGUUCUGGGUUCCCUGCGCCUGGUUCGCGGCGCUGGCAGGGCAGGCACGGCGCGAGGGGCGGGUGCGGGACGACUGCGCCCUAAAACUGCUCAUGGAGGAGACCCUGAGGGGCAAUGGAGGGGACCCGCCAGGGUCCCCCAGGUGACAUGUGUCCCCCCAGGUGGUGACCAUUGCCGUGUACACCUUCUUCCUCACCUGCCUGAUCGGGCGGCAGUUCCUGGACCCCGCUCAGGGCUAUGCGGGGCACGAGCUGGACCUGGGAGUGCCUGUGUUCACCCUCCUUCAGUUCUUCUUCUACGUGGGGUGGCUCAAGGUGGCCGAGCAGCUCAUCAACCCCUUUGGGGAGGACGAUGACGACUUUGAGACCAACACCCUCAUUGACCGUAACUUCCAGGUGUCGAUGCUGGCGGUGGACGAGCUGUACGGGGAGGUGCCGGCGCUGGAGAGGGACCGGUACUGGGACAGCACCUGCCCCCGCGCUCCCUACACGGCUGCGGCUGCGCCCCCCCGGCAGCCCACCUUCCGGGGAUCCGCCUUCGACGUCACGUGA